CAUAGAAUGUCACCUGGUGAAGCACGCCAUAAAGACCCCAGAAACAGAGAAGAUGGCUAAAGAGGGAAGGAUUCUAGUGCAGAUGGGUGGCAGGAGGCACUCCGGGGAAAUCACAGCUGACUGAAUGAUGGUCGAAUGAACAAGAGGACAGAUAAGACUGUUUGUGGGUCUGGGCUAGCAGGGAGGCCGAGUGGAAAGGAAACCUUUUGUCCUACAUCCCCCUUCUUGGGAGUCCAUUUUGGACGUAAUGCUUUUCCUCUUUCUAGCCAGAAAAGCUACGAGUACUAUUUUCCUCUUAAAUGGAAUGAAGGAAAUGGUUUGGGGGAGAAUCCUUCGGGGAUCUCUUCGUACCGCGUGCCGAGAGUCACAAACGGGAGCAGGCGUGGGGCGGAGAGCUGUGAAGAAGGAGAGGGCAGGACACUGUGACGGCGAUGGGCAGCCUGGCACGGAACAGAGGGCAGAAAGGGCACGGUGCAGCGACUUCUAAGAAGUGUGGGAUGGACAAGCGGUCCCUCAGUCCGACUCGCCCUUGCAGAAGCUUGGGGCCUCGGAGAAGACCUCCACGCAGUGGCCACAGCUGCCAUUCCCUCUCCGGACCGCACAUAAACUGUCCAGACUUCCACAGUGUCGCUAACGCGCAUGCGACGCUCCUGCCAGGCUGGACGCUCCUGGACGCAUGCGCUACACCGCCGUUACAGGCGCAGGGUCCCUCCCGGCGAUGAAGGGAGGCUGCUAGUGUCGCCAGCAGCCGCCGAGCAACGGGGGUGGCCCAUGGAGCUGCCGGAGGGCCAGGUGGGCGGCCCCGCUGCAGAAAUGUACCUCUGGGACCAGCCCCAGGAGGGCAGCCUGGGGACGCUGCUCAGCCUGGAGGAGCAAGUACUCAACUCCACUUUCGAAGCCUGUGACCCCCAGAGGACAGGUCUUGUGAUUGUGACCCACGUGCUGGCCUACCUGGAGGCGGUGACAGGACAGGGCCCCCAGGACGCACGCCUCCAAACACUGGCCCACAGCCUGGACCCCAAUGGAGAGGGCCCUGAGGCCACUGUGGACUUGGACACUUUCCUGACCGUCAUGCGGGACUGGAUUGCUGCCUGUCAGCUGGACGGGGGAUUAGAGCUGGAAGAGGAGACCGCCUGCAAAGGGGCCCUGACCUCCCUGCAGAUGCCAUCUGGCAGCCCGGAAGCCGAGGAGUCAGCCAACCUGGAGAGCUUCGGAGGCGAAGACCCCCGGCCUGAGCUGCCCGCCGCCGCGGAGCUGCUGAGCAGCCUGGAGGAGCUGGAGCUCAGCAACCGCCGGCUGCUGGGGGAGAACGCCAAGCUGCAGCGCAGCGUGGAGACGGCCGAGGAGGGCGCCACACGCCUCGGGGAGGAGAUCGCCGCCCUCCGCAGGCAGCUGCGCGCGACCCAGCAGGCUCUGCAGUUUGCCAAGGCCGUGGAUGAGGAGCUGGAGGACCUGAAGACUCUGGCCAAGAGCUUGGAGGAGCAGAAUCGCAGCCUUGUGGCCCAGGCCCGGCAGACGGAAAAGGAGCAGCAGCACCUGGUGGCCGAGAUGGAGACGCUGCAGGAGGAGAACGGGAAGCUAGUGGCGGAGAGAGAUGGAGUGAAGAGGAGGAGCGAGGAGCUGGCCACGGAGAGGGAGGCUCUGAAGUGGCAGCUCUGUGAGUAUGAACGCCUCAUCUGCCAACGGGACGCCAUCUUGUCCGAGCGCACUCGGCACGCAGAGGGCCUGGCCAAGACCUUGGAGGAGUACAGAACCACUACCCAGGAACUGAGGCUGGAGAUCUCACACCUGGAGGAGCAGCUGAGUCAGACCCAGGAGAGGCCAGAGUGCAGAGGCAGCCCUCAGCCUCCUGACUGUGUGGCCAGGCUACCCGAGGGGGCCCAGGCGAGAAGAGCCAGCUGGACCAGACUGCUGCCCCCAUCCCUGGGCGUGGAGAUCCAGGCCACUCAGCAGCAGGAGGUGGCAGCCGCAGCCCUCUGCAGCCCUCUGUGUGGAGUGUGGCAGUGGGAGGAGGUCCUCGAUGAGACCCACGACGAAGCUGAGCCUCCACCCGAGGCCCCAGGGGGCACGGAGCAGAAAAUAUGCCAUCAGGGAUCACCUUAUUUAAAAUUGUACUGCAAGAGGAAGCUAGUAAGUGGGCCGUUCAUCCCAAAACCAUGAAGAUACAUUGAACAUUUCUAUUCUGAAUACAAGAACCUUUAAGAAAAGCCUACUAAACUCACUGAGAAAUCUUGAACUCAACUGAGGCCAUUUUAAAACAUUAUUAAUUUGCACAAUAACCAUUGUUUUAUGACUUACAUAAUUAUCUGAAGAAUGUUGCAACAUUUGGAACAACAGGGACAAGUCAUCUUCAAUGUCUACAAAAGAAAAGUGAAAUUUUAAACCAUUAGCACCAGAAAACGCCCUUUUUUUUUUCUUUUUAAAGAAAAUAAAGCUGUCAGGAGUUCUGUAAACAAUGUAAUACAGUCAUGAAAUGACACAGCUUCAAAGCUGUUCACCAUCUUAAAGAAGAGACUCGCUUUUCUGAUCACUUUUUCCUUGGGUUGGGAGCAGCCUCUGGGUUUCUCUUGGACACCAGCCCUCAUGUUUGAUUUCUCAUUUAACCCUCCCUGGACCUCAUCUCUCAUCCUCUUACAUGUGGGAAAUAGGCUGAGAGAGUCCACAUCACACAGCUGGAGGGGCAGAGCCCCAGCAGAUGUGGAGUGGAGUGAGCUUCUGCUGGAGUCUCAGAUGCCCCCGAGGGACGGGCUGGCCUCGGAAGCAGAUCCAAGGAGCUGAGGAGCCGGCCAUGCCGAGCACUGGGCCCCAGGUGCCCAGCUGAGUCACCAGGGCUCGGGCCACACCUCAAGGCCUGGGUGGAAGAGCCUGCAGAUGGGCCGUCCCAGUUCAGGGUGAUGGAUGUUCUAGAAGUGGGGGUUGGGCCCUGUGGGAGCACAGGAAAGUACCUCUGUGGGAGGGGAGAUCGAGGAAGAUAU